CUGUGUGCAGUGCGCGCGUGCAGCGCUCCGACAAGUUAGUUGAGCGAUUUUUGUUGUCGUUUACCGAAAGUAUCGUGGGGUUUUUUUGGGGAGAAAUAUAAAUUAAAACCGCACCGUAAGGGCUUCGUGGAUAUUUUUGAAAGUUUGUGUUGUUAAAAAAUAGAGAAAAACGUAAUAAUAAUCCUAAUAGUAAUACGAAUAGCUUGUCGCUGUGGAGACGGUGAGUGUUUCGGGUUAGCUAGCUGUAGCUAACAAACAAACUUUUUAAGUGUGGUGGGUUUUUUUUUUUCUCUCAAGAGGACGAUUUCAUUUCAGAAAAGGAAAUACACGAACUACGGAGUCGCUUAUUUGUCAAAGAAGAGUGAAGAGAACAAGUUUUCCUUUUGGUUUGUUUCAUUCAUAAAGACUUUUUUGAAACGCCACAGGUUUUUAAAAGUUCUGUUUGGAUUUCACCGGCUGUCAGUUUAGCCUGAAUAGCGGUGCACAAGAGACUCUGCAUUCAGGGUGGAGAGACAGACAGACAGAGAGAGAGAGAGAGGGAACUUUGUUUGAAAAGGAUUUGAGGUCCUGCUUCAGAAAGUUCUCAGGAGAGAGAGAGAGGUGCAGUGCAGUGAAAACAUGCCGCAGCUGGCGGGUGGCGGAGGCGGCGGUGGAGACCCGGAGCUCUGCGCCACCGAUGAAAUGAUCCCGUUCAAGGACGAAGGAGACCCGCAGAAAGAGCAGAACUUCGCCGAGAUCACCAACUCCGAGGAGGAGGGAGACCUGGCUGAGCUCAAGUCCUCUCUGGUCAACGAGAGUGAAACGAGUCCUAACAGCAACAGCCACGACGCAGCUAGACAGUCCCAAAUAACCCCAGACUCCUAUCAUGAAAAACACAGAGAGCAUCCGGAUGAUGGAAAGCUCCAGGAUCUGUACAGUAAAGGUCAUGCCUACUCUGGUUACCCAAGUUACAUCAUGAUGACCAACAUGAACAACGAACCCUACAUGAACAACGGCUCACUCUCGCCUCCCAUGCCCAGAACGUCAAAUAAGGUUCCUGUGGUGCAGCCAUCCCACGCAGUUCACCCCCUCACACCUCUGAUCACCUAUAGCGAUGAGCACUUUGCCCCUGGCCCUCACUCCGCGCACCACCCGCAGGACUCCAAAGGAAUGCCUAGGCAUCAUCCUGGUCCAGAUAUUCCUAACUUCUACUCGCUGUCCCCUGGAGGAGUCGGACAGGUCACCCCACCACUGGGCUGGUUCCCACAUCACAUGGUUCCAGGACCUCCUGGACCUCAUGCCACGGGAAUCCCCCACCCUGCCAUCGUCAACCCACAAGUCAAACACGAGCCUCCACACGAGACAGACCUGAUGCACAUGAAGACUCAGCACGAGCAGCGAAAGGAGCAGGAGCCCAAGAGGCCUCACAUCAAGAAGCCACUCAACGCCUUCAUGCUUUAUAUGAAGGAGAUGCGUGCCAACGUGGUGGCAGAGUGUACGCUGAAGGAGAGUGCCGCCAUCAACCAGAUUCUAGGCAGAAGGUGGCACGCUUUAUCUCGGGAAGAGCAAGCAAAGUAUUAUGAAUUAGCCCGCAAGGAACGGCAGCUCCACAUGCAGUUAUACCCAGGCUGGUCUGCUAGAGACAAUUAUGGAAAGAAGAAGAAAAGGAAGAGGGAGAAGCUCCAGGAAUCAGCCUCAGACUUCCAUUUUCUGCAGGUACAGCACAGAGAAUGAAAACGGCGUACAUCUGAGCAAUGGAGGAAAACGAACUGCUUUCUCCUCUACAUGCAAAGCGAAGCCAGCAGCUGCGGGGGCCCUUUUGGAGAUGGAAGCCUGUUAGAUGACCUCUGACCCCUUCUGCGACCUCUUGACUCCCCCCGCUGACCUCUUGGAGGGUUCCAGCUCUCGAGUGCACUCCUCUGCUGUAGAGACACUGAACUGAAACCACAGACAAUCGCUUCCUGCCUAGUCCCGCUACUAUACAUACACACAGAUACACACUUAGCCCUUCAUAGAUAUGUACACACACACACACAGUUUGUUUGGGGUUUACAUUCAUUUUUAGCUUGUUGUCCCCAAAGUCAAUUUAUUGCACUGAUCAUGAUGUCUUUUAUCCAGAAGCACAAAAUCCCCCCCCCCACACACACACACGUACGCGUGCAGAGAUGGAAGAAAUCAAUCACACACCUUUUCACAAGCGUCCCUAAGUUAUUUUAAGUUAUUUGGCGCCCCUGUUUUCUGUAUGUACAGUUCAUCUCGAGCACCGUCUCACUUUACACCUGAUGUAGAAUUUCAGGGUCCAGUUUUCAGGAGCAUUGACGUCAGACGGAUCGUUUUUCAACUUGCAAACAUUCUCUCAAGACUUUUUCAUAUUUCAACCAGUGGGUGCAAAAAAAAAAAAAAGGAUCAAAGUUUUGACUUUUAUGGGUUCAUGUUAAAUUUUGAAUGCUUUCUUUUCUUUUUAAAUUUAAAAUAUUCAUUGCAUCUCUCGGUGUAUAUUUUAAGUCUUUUUUUUCUUUUUUUUUUAUAUAUAUAUACUGGUAUAUGUAUACAAGAAUAAGCUUUGCGACAGGAAAGCUGUUCUGUUUUUCUUGCAGAAAUGACCUACCUUUCAUUUGAGAACUGUAACUAAUGACCUCCCAGUGCUCGGAUGUAAAAUAAUGCUCAGUACGUGUACUUUUUAAUGAAAAAUGUCUGUCUCUUUUCUUGGUAUUUUUGCAGGCAGCGUUAGGACAUGUGUUUGAGCGGGUACGCGGAGGCCUAUAUUUUAUUGUUCUAAACAGACAAAUGAAGCAGAUAUAUUAUAUAUAUUUACCCCAGCACUUGCCGGUCUCUCUUAUUGCAAUGUUCCUCUGUUUCCGCUCUAUCUGCUAGAUAAAUAGGAUGGUCUUUUUGCCAUGUUUAUUACAUGCAAGCAUUUCUGUAACAUUUUGAUUUUACAUUCUAUUUUUUAGUAUUAUUGUUUUUGUUUUUUUUUUUGUCAUUUUGAAUCACUGUCAUCUUGGUUUAGCACGUCGCUUCCAAGUGGUCACAUUUGAACUGUUUCUCUACAUGCCUUUUUUUUAAAAAAGACAAAAAAAGACAAAAAAAUAA